GAAUAUUAUAUGAGAUCUCUCCCUCCCUCUCUCUCUCUCUCUCUCUCUCUCCCUCGGCUUUUUGGUCUCUGUAUUCAGUCUCUGUUUCCUUUCAUUCCCUGUGUCUUCGCGGGUCCUCUCGGCAACACGCUUUUCUCUCUUCCCUACUCCGCUAAUCACUUUCUAUCCAAUACACAAAUUUAGAACAAACAACGUAUACUACAUCUCUCUCUCUCUCUUCUCUGCAAAACAAUGUUCGACAAAAUGAACGACAAAUCCUUUCAGUCUCAGCGCCCCUCUAUCUGAUUCAUCCAGUCGAUUAUCUUCCAGGUGGUCUGGAAUUUUAGAAAAGCAAAGGAAAAAUGUCUAGUUUUGUUGGGGUGAUUGUUUCUGAUCCAUGGCUUCAGAGCCAAUUCACCCAGGUCGAGCUACGAACCCUCAAAUCGAAGUUCAUAUCCACAAGGACUCAAUCCGGUCGAGUCACAAUAGGAGACUUGUCCCCUCUUUUUUCCAAAUUGAAGUCUUUAAGUGAAAUGUUCACUGAGGAUGAGAUCAAGGAUAUGCUCGGGGAGACAUAUACUGAUAUGAGCCAGGAAAUUGAUUUUGAAUCCUUCCUUAAGGAAUUUUUGAAUGUGCAAGCCCGAGCAGUUAAAAAAUCAGGGGGUUCAAAAGGUUCUUCCUCAUUUCUAAAGGCAGCCACAACCACCGUUCACCAUGCUAUUAAUGAAUCCGAGAAGUCUUCUUAUGUUUCCCAUAUCAAUAGUUACUUGGCAGAAGAUCUGUUCUUGAAGAAAUAUCUUCCAUUAGAUCCUGCUACAAAUGCCAUAUUUGAUCUUGCUAAAGAUGGAGUUCUUCUUUGUAAGUUGAUCAAUGUGGCUGUUCCUGGGACCAUAGACGAAAGAGCUAUCAACACAAAAGCGGUCCUUAACCCCUGGGAAAGGAAUGAGAACCAUACCCUUUGUCUCAAUUCAGCAAAGGCCAUUGGUUGCACGGUGGUCAACAUUGGCACACAGGACCUGGUUGAAGGAAGACCACAUCUAGUGCUUGGAUUGAUUUCACAAAUUAUUAAGAUUCAACUGCUCGCUGACCUCAACUUGAAGAAGACUCCUCAGCUUCUGGAAUUGGUGGAUGACAGCAAGGAAGUGGAAGAGCUCAUGAACUUACCUCCUGAAAAGGUAUUGCUGAAGUGGAUGAAUUUCCAUUUGAAGAAGGCUGGGUAUGAGAAGCAGGUCACAAACUUCUCUUCAGAUGUGAAGGAUGGAGAGGCUUAUGCAUACCUACUUAAUUCUCUUGCACCAGAAAUCAGUACCCACACCACCUUGGAUACCAAAGACCCUACGGAAAGAGCAAACUUGGUUCUUGAGCAGGCAGAGAAACUGGAUUGCAAAAGAUACAUAUCUGCUAAGGACAUUGUUGAGGGUUCAGCAAAUCUUAACCUUGCAUUUGUUGCACAAAUAUUUCAGCAAAGGAAUGGGUUGUCAGUUGAUAGCAAGAAGAUGUCAUUUGCUGAAAUGAUGACAGAUGAUGCACAAACUUCUCGGGAAGAGAGAUGCUUCCGGCUGUGGAUUAACAGUCUUGGAAUUCCAACAUUUGUCAACAAUGUUUUUGAAGAUGUUAGAAAUGGAUGGGUUCUCCUAGAAGUUCUUGACAAAGUUGCACCUGGAUCAGUUAACUGGAAGCAGGCAAAUAAACCUCCUAUUAAGAUGCCAUUUAAAAAAGUUGAGAAUUGUAACCAAGUAAUAAAGAUUGGGAAGGACCUUCGCUUCUCCCUGGUGAAUGUAGCUGGUAAUGAUUUUGUGCAAGGAAAUAAGAAAUUAACGCUUGGUAAGUUUGUUUUUCUUUUAUUUGGACGAACUAAUAGUUCCUGCUACUGGGGACAGUUUUUAGCAGCAGUAGAUCCACAUGUCCUAACCAUAAUUUUGAGGAGAGGCAUUCCUGCAUUCCUGCAUAUGAAGCAGAUAGAACCUCCCAAAAUUGAGAGCUUCAAGGAUAAGAAUCUUUCUACUGGGAUCUUCUUCCUUGAGCUUCUUAGUGCAGUGGAGCCAAGGGUAGUCAACUGGAGUCUUGUUACCAAGGGUGCAACAGAGGAGGAGAAGAAGUUAAAUGCAACCUACAUUAUCAGUGUUGCUCGGAAGCUUGGGUGUUCCAUCUUCUUGCUACCUGAGGACAUCAUAGAGGUAAACCAGAAGAUGAUCCUAAUUUUGACUGCGAGCAUAAUGUACUGGAGCAUGCAGCAAGUAACAGAGGACUCAGAGUCAACCAUCACGGAAGAGAGUGAUAUUCCAGAGGCACCAUCAUCUGUAGAUGGUGAUAGUGAGAGCAGCUUGGCUGGUCAAGUCUCCAAUUUGACAAUUGAUAAUCCUUCAGAGUCAGGGCUUGAAGACUAGGAGGGUUGAGGGUUGGAUGAUCCAACAGCAACUCCAAUUUUUUGUCUUUUGAUUUAUAAGAAAAGAUAAAGUUGGGGGAAUAUUUGUGCUAGAUAGUCAAUAGCUGCUCUUCAUGAGAGUAGGUCUCAUCUUUUAGCGUUCUUGUAUAAACCACAGGAGAAAGGAAAAUAUCUCUGUAAAUUUUCCUUCUGUAAUUAAAGUAAAUUGGUUCUAGGUUUAUUCUUUGAACAAAUGUCUGUACCAUCUGGAAUAAUGUGAUGGGGCCAGUAAGCAUCAUUUCUUACAUAA